AUGAGUACGGGUGUCUCACAGGAGAGAAAUAUUGAUGAGACAGACUCGGAUCUUAAUUCCGGAGCUCAAAAAUCUCAAUAUGAAAGUAUAAUAUUGCAACGUCAAGUUGUGCAGAAGAUGUUGGACACUUACACGAUGAAAGAAGGUGACGUUUUUUGCUUAGUGCCUAAAGAUUGGUAUCAAAGGUUUUUCACGUUCACUUAUGAUCCAACCGACAACGAAAUCUUUCUCAAAAUUGGGAUCAUUAAUAUUGCCGAAUUGCUAGAUGCUAAUGGGUUAGUAAAGAAGCCUGACGGCGAAGAUUUUGUGGAGUAUGAGAUCCUCCCUUACACAGUCUUUCAACAGUUGGUCUCUUGGUACGGGUUGUUCUCUGGUCUUCAACCAAUUCAGAGGAUAGUGAUAGCCCGUAAAGACGGAGAGUUGGAAUUAGAAGUGUAUCCUUGCUAUUUCCGUUUGCAUUUGAUGGAUAACGAGCGCAACUCCCUGGACAUCAACAACUUCAUCCUAUCAAGAUACUCCACUAUACGUGAUCUCAAAUAUCAUGCCACAGAAAGAUUCAACACCGAGUUCUAUCACUCUCGUUUGUGGUUGGUAGACGAUCCUAAUAUCUCCAAUCUACCCUUGACAAUUACGGUGUCCUCCUUUGAGAAGAUCAAAUUCAAAAAGCUACUAGUAGAGAAAAUAGAAGACUUUGACAAGACUUUAGAAGAAGCCGGACUGAACAGUUGUCAUCUUGUUGUGGAAUAUAAGCUGAAGAAAGAUUCAGAAUGGCCGUCCGACAUAACCUGUAAACCUGCAAAAUUGAGUACCGGUUUAGUGGGGUUAACCAAUUUGGGUAACACAUGUUAUAUGAAUUCAGCACUUCAAUGUUUGAUGCAUAUACCUGAACUUUCGAAUUAUUUUCUCUAUGAUUUUUACAAAGAGGAGAUCAACGUCGAUAACCCAUUGGGUAACGGAGGGCGCUUGGCAAUUGCAUUUGGAAGCUUGAUUCAUACAACCCUAGGUCCAAAGAAGCAAAUUGUUACCUAUGCAACUCCUAAGGACUUCAAGCUCACGCUGGGUCGGUUCAACUCAAUGUUUUUAGGCUAUCAUCAGCAAGAUUCUCAAGAACUGCUCGCAUUCCUUCUCGAUGGAUUACACGAAGAUCUGAACAGAAUUUUAAAGAAACCUUAUUUGGAUAAGCCAGAAUUGAAAGACCACCUAGUCCAAGAUAAAGAAGCUGUCCGACAACUUGCUGAAGACUGCUGGAGUCAACACAAAAUGAGAAAUGACUCCAUAAUUACAGACUUAUUCGUUGGAUUAUACAAAUCCACUUUGGUAUGUCCAGUAUGCCAAAAAAUUAGUAUUACAUUUGACCCAUUCAAUGAUCUCACACUACCUCUUCCUGUAGAUAAGAAGUGGUAUCAUCAAAUUAUAUUUUUUCCAGAGACAGGUUACCCCAAGGCGUUGGAUGUUGAACUGGAUAAGUCAUCUACUUUCGAUCAUCUGAAAAAUUACGUUUCAUCCAAGCUGCAAGUCCCAAUCAACGACCUAAUUGGUGCUGAUAUAUUUAACAGUCAAUUUUAUAAGAACUUUGAGGCCAAUGAUCCAGAUCUGAAUUAUCUUCCAAUCAGUGACUUAAUCUCUUCAGGUGAUAAGACAGUAUUUUAUCAAGUAAAGCAUAAGCCAGGAGACUUGGUGGUUCCAGUCUUUAACACUCUUUCUGAUGAUGGUGGCCGCUAUGCAAAGCCUUUUGGCCUUCCAUUUCUUAUCACAAUUUCCGAGGAUGAAUCAUUUUCCUUUGGAUCUAUCAGAGACAAAUUGGAGAGAAAAUAUGACCAGUUAUCAACGCUUAAUUACUUCGACCAAAUCAAGCAGGAGAGUAAGGAAAUACACAAGCUCGCUGAUUUUCCCACGUUAAACAAGAAAUACCAAAAUGAUUCACCCAACGAGGAUAACUCUUUAUCCGAUGUUGAUUGCACUUCGGACAUAUCGUUUGCCAAUCCUAAGAUCUCUGGAGAUUUUGCUUUUAAUAUCAAACUGUUCGAUUCAAGCAGGGAGUUCAAACCAAGGUAUAACCUUGGUGCCAGGCACAUUGAUAUAGAUGAGAAUGAAGACGAUAGCUUGUGGCUUCCACAAACCAAUAACAGCUUUGGCAACCUACCUAUUUUGCUUGACAAAUUGUGUGAAAAGAAAAGAGCUUUUUACACGUAUAAAAAAUUUGAGGCUGAGGAAGAACUUGCAGAUGAAGAUGACUCGGAAAGUGUUAAUGUCAACGUUGAAGAGGUCGACGAAAACGACAACAACUUAGAUACGCAACAAGACGAGUCCAAUGAUGAAUCUAUGAUGGGCGGUAUGUUUGAAGAGUCAAAAAAUUCAGCUCCCGUUUCACCUCCCUGUUCUGAGGUUGCUACUAAUACAGAGUCAAAUGCUUUUGAGCCUUUGAUAAAAACAAGGCAAGCCUUAGUCUGCGAGUGGGAGCAAGAUUCCUUUGGCAAGUUUUUUGUUGGUUUAGGAGAUGAUGACGAUAAAAGUGGUACUCAAACUUGGGAAACUCCGGAAGUAAUUCCAAACGAAGAACUUAUUCAAAAUAAGAAGCUAAUUGAAGAGAAAUUGAACAAGAACAUAGCCUUACAAGAAUGUUUAGACAUAUUUUCCAAACCAGAAUUAUUAGGCGAAAACGAUCUAUGGUAUUGUCCAAAUUGUAAAGAUCACAGGCAAGCCACCAAGACUAUUGAAAUCUGGAAAACACCAGAUAUCCUAACGAUCCACCUCAAGAGAUUUGAAAAUCAGCGUAGCUUUAGUGAUAAAAUUGACGCUGUAGUGGAUUUCCCCAUUGAAGCAUUGGAUAUGUCAGAAUAUGUGGUGAACCCAGAGACUGGUGAUGAAAUUUAUGAUUUAUUUGCUGUUGAUAAUCAUUUUGGGGGAUUGGGAGGUGGCCACUACACUUCAUACGUUAAGAAUCAUAUUGACCAUAAAUGGUACUAUUUUGAUGAUGCGAGAGUAUCAGCUGCAGAACCUGAGCAGGCUAUUAAAGGAUCAGCAUAUCUAUUGUUUUACAGAAGAAGGUCUUCAACUCCAUUAGGAGGGGAAUACCUUCGUCAGAUGAUGACACAAGUGAGAGAACAGGAAGAGGUUCAUAGAGAAAUGGAGAAUGAAAUCCUUAGAGAUUAUGUCAAAUUAAAAGAAAUGCAGGAUGCUAUAACCGCUUAUGAAGAGAAAUGUCAACAAGUGCAGGUUAGCGAGGCAGUUGAGAGUACUCUGGAUGAACAACAACUGGAAUGUGAUUCCGAUAGAGAAUUAGAAAAUGCUGGCAACGUUGAGGCAGACGCAGAAUCUAGUCAGUCGAUCAAUCAGGUAGAGAAAGACCAAAAUGAGCCCUCAUCAAUGGUAUCUUCAGCAAAUGGGGCUAAAAGGAGGAAGAAACAACAAAACAAUUUGUUAAUGAGUCGUCUAUGCUGA